GAAGUGGAGUUGUUUUUUUUUUCUUCGCGGGCAGCGUUUCGGGCUUUUCUCGCCGGGUGAUUUCGGAGCCGAGUUGAGGAAGGGAGACCCGCCGCCGCCGCCGCCGCCAUGGGGAAAAGGCAGCACCAGAAGGACAAAAUGUACAUAACAUGUACAGAGUAUACCCAUUUUUACGGAGGGAAGAAAGUUGAAAUUCCACAGUCCAACUUCCGGCGCCUGCCUUUUGAUCACUGUAGCUUAUCUUUGCAACCAUUUGAAUAUCCAGUUUGCACACCAGAUGGAACCAUUUUUGACUUGCUGAAUAUUGUUCCGUGGAUAAAGAAGUAUGGAACCAAUCCGAUCACGGGGGAGAAGCUUGAAGCCAAAGCUCUCAUCAAGCUGAACUUUGCCAAAAACAAUGACGGGAAAUACCACUGCCCAGUGCUUUUCACUGUCUUCACCAAUAACUCCCACAUCGUGGCCAUCAAGACCACCGGCAACGUGUUUGGCUUUGAGGCGGUUGAGCAGCUGAAUAUUAAAACCAAGACCUUUAAAGAUCUGUUGAGCGAGGAGCCGUUUUCCAGGCAAGAUAUUAUUACAUUGCAGGAUCCCACCAACGUGGACAAAUUUAACGUCUCCAGCUUUUUUCAUGUGAAGAACAAUUUGAAAGUCACCGACCCAGAUGACGAAAAAGCCAGGUCAGACCCAUCCUAUUACCUGAAAAAUGCCAACAUCGAGACCAAAGAGACACUGUUGGAGUUAUACAAAGAAUUCAAAGGGGACGACAUUCUGGCAGCUACCAUGAAAGAGCCCGAGAAGAAGAAAACGGACAGGCUGAAUGCAGCUCACUAUUCCACUGGGAGAGUCAGCGCCUCGUUCACAUCCACAGCCAUGGCGCCUGAGACGACCCACGAAGCAGCUGCCAUUGAUGACGACGUGGUGCGGUACCGGUAUGUCAAGAAGAAGGGUUACGUCCGGUUGCACACCAACAAAGGAGAUCUCAACCUGGAGCUUCACUGUGACAUGACCCCUAAAACCUGUGAAAACUUCAUUAAACUCUGCAGGAAGAACUACUACGACGGGACCAUAUUUCACCGAUCGAUUCGUAAUUUCGUGAUUCAAGGUGGAGACCCAACCGGGACAGGAACAGGAGGAGAAUCGUACUGGGGAAAGCCGUUCAAAGACGAACUGAGGCCCAACUUGUCCCACACAGGGCGAGGUGUCCUCAGCAUGGCCAACACGGGGCCCAACAGCAACAAAUCUCAAUUUUUCAUUACUUUCCGCUCCUGUGCAUACCUGGAUAAGAAGCACACCAUAUUUGGAAGAGUCGUCGGAGGCUUUGAGACCCUCACUGCGAUGGAAAACGUGGAGAGCGAUCCCAAAACAGACCGUCCCAAGGAGGAAAUAAAAAUCAAAUCCACAACAGUUUUUGUUGACCCGUAUGAAGAGGCAGACACCCAGGUCGCCCAAGAAAGAGAGAAGGCCCUGCAGGAAGAGGAGGCAACGAAGAGAGAAAGCAAAGAAGUCCUGAAGAAAGAACCUCCCACACCAAAAACUUACCGCACCGGAGUUGGGAAAUACAUAAACAUAGCAGCAGCGAAACGAGCAGCGGAAGACGGGCCGUCCACCAGCGGGGCUGCCAAGAAGGAGAAGAAAACCAGAGGCUUCGGAGACUUCAGCUCGUGGUAGCCAACUGAGGAGGACCAGCUCAAAACCAUCCAGCCUGGGAUGGAGAAGCCCAGGUUUGUGCCUCCGCUGCUGUCACAAAAAAAUAUGCGACUCUGGACCAUAAUAUUUCCCUUAACAAUCUUUCCCUGGCAGCCCUUUGUCGGUUGUGAAGGGUUUUGACGAAAGACGGGGCUUUUCCCGGAGUGCCUUGUAAGCCAACUCAGAAAGCCCUGCAUAUUUUGAUGGCGUGUGAUCAAAUUAGAAGAAAGGGGGAAACUUCCAUUUCACAGUUGAGCUGUCAACUUGCAAAGCUUUCAAGUUGCCAUGAGCAGGAGGGAGGGAGAAGUGAUAGAGCUGAUUGAUUUCCCUAACUGAAGCUGCAUUCCAUACAUUCUUCCUGACCGCAAUCAGAAGGAGGGUGUUGGAUUUCACAGCCAGCCAAAGGGGUUAAUGAGCAUUUUGAUGGACGAAUUUGGGAAAAGACAGUUUGGAUGGAAAAACCCACGGUCCUUCCCAAGAUGGGCCUCCCAAGCUACCCUUUUAAAACAGCUGCCCAGAGACUCUUGGGAAAAACAAACAAACUUUGAUCUCUGCAAUCUGGUGACUUCCCACCUAAGACGUUCCAAGCCAACAUCUUGGUUUAGAGGUGGUGAUGGACCCAGAUCCUCAAUCGUUGCUUAGUGAAGAUUCUGCUUCAGAAUAAACCCCCAUAUCUACCUAA